AUGCAGGGUGGAUCUGGUUAUGCAAAACAUAUUACUUUUGACCAAAUCAUCCUUCAAAAUGUUAAGAACCCAAUAAUUAUAGAUCAAAAUUACGGUCUUGAUAAUGAGGCUACAAAUGUGGAAGUGAGUUUUGUGACAUAUAGAGGAUUUAGAGGAACUUCUGCUAGUGAUGUUGCUAUCAACUUAGUUUGUGGACCCUCGACAGGUUGUUUCAAUAUUCUAUUCGAUCAAAAUAAUAUUGUCUCUGCUCAACCAGGAGGAAAUACUUCAGCUACUUGUAAAAAUGCUCAGGGAACGGCUACAAAUACUAUUCCUAAUGUCUCUGGGCUAACCAAUUAA